AUGCCUCCGGUAGGAAUAAUCAUCACUGUCACCGUUCUGGUGGCGGCCAGCAUAGCCGCAUAUGAAAACCCUCAAGUACGAGCAUGGAUAGACCGGACAAGGCACAAGAUUGCCAUGGGCCUGCACUCCCUCGGCGAUGAAAUUGGCCCCAGACCCCGUCCUCGACGCACUUCGACCGACGUCUCCAUGCAUGAGGAGAAGGGCGAAUUGGCCGAAGAGCGUCGACGCCAGGCAAUCGCCGAGAUCAUGGAGCGUGGCAGGAUCAUGGAGGAGAGAAGGAAGAGAAGAAAGCUGACUGAGCAAGAGAAGGAAAUGCCGUCCAGCCCGACUUUUGAUACUCUUGUCGACAAAGAUGGACUUCUACUGCAACCAGCACAAGAUGAACAGUCGGUCUCAGCAGCACAAUCUUCCAGCGUCGACCCCUCGGCGCAGGCCGCAACUCUACGGCAGAGGCCCUCCCCUUCCUUUCAGGAGCAAGCCCCGUCCUCUGUACAUCAGUCGAUAGAUGCACCACUCGCCGUGAGGCCUCUCGUUGAGACACAACCCAACCCAUUCGAGUCCAGAUACGAGCGAGAGAUGCGUGAAGCAUGGAAUCUGCCUUUAGCCGAGCGACCAUUUGAAAUCUGGUCCAGCCAUGCUUCAGAGAGCUUGAUUGAGCUUACGCCUACGACAGAAGGUGUCCCCGAUCCAGACUUUUCUGUUCCAUCAGCCGAUUACUUCCACCGCCCACUAGAACGAUCAGACUAUUUUUCAGCGGCGGGUUCAGGUUCGACGCACACCCUCUCUGAACAUGAGUCGCAGGCUUCGCUACCUGUUCAGAGCACGUAUUUAGACGCGCCCCGAAAUAUUGCCGCUCACGGAUUCCCAUUAAAUGCAACACCCCCCGCUUCGUUAACACCCAGCCUUGCUGGCAGCGCAAGUAAUAUUCACGUCAGCGAGGCGGAAGACAGCUCCGACGAUAUCCUCAGCGACUUUGCCGAUGGGAUACGUACUCCCUCUAGUGCUUGGACUGACGUUGACAGCACAGUUAGCGGGGAUUUCCAUUUGUAA